CCCCCCCCCCACAAUUGGCCCCACGAUGGCGGCCCUGCGCAGCGUCAAGGGAAUGGUGGCUCUGGUGACCGGUGGAGCCUCAGGGUUGGGCCGGGCCACGGCGGAGCGUUUGGUGGAGCAAGGAGCCCGCGUUGUCCUCCUUGACCUGCCCAGCUCGCAGGGGGCACAGCUGGCAGCAGAGCUGGGCGAGCGUUGCGCCUUUGCCCCCGCUAACGUGACAUCGACCGAGGAGGUGGAGGCGGCCCUGGCGUUGACCCAGAAGACUUUUGGGAAGUUGGAGCUGGCGGUGAACUGUGCCGGAGUGGGAAUCGCCGUCAAGACCUACAACGCCAAGAAGGACAAAGUGCACGAGCUGGAGGACUUCCAGCGGGUCGUUAACGUUAACCUCGUUGGGACCUUCAAUGUUAUCCGCCUCAGUGCUCGCCUAAUGAGCCAAAACACGCCUGACCCCGACGGCCACCGGGGCCUGGUGGUGAACACGGCCAGCGUGGCCGCCUUCGAGGGGCAGGUGGGCCAGGCGGCUUACUCAGCCUCCAAGGGCGGCAUCGUGGGCAUGACGCUGCCCAUCGCCCGCGACCUGGCGCCUCUGGGGAUCCGCGUGGUCACCAUCGCCCCGGGGCUUUUCUCCACCCCGCUGCUGGCCGGGCUGCCCGAGCGGGUGCGGAACUUUUUGGGGCAGCAGGUUCCUUUCCCAUCCCGGCUGGGGAACCCUGCCGAAUACGCCCACCUGGUGCAGGCCUUGGCUGAGAACCCCAUGAUCAACGGGGAGGUGGUGAGGCUGGACGGGGCUCUCCGGAUGCAGCCCUAAAUGGGGGGACACGGCGUGGGGAUGGCCACGGAGAUGGGUUGUGAACCAGGGACACCAGGACACCCCAAAAUGAGGGCAUCGUGGGGACAUGGAUCUACCCCAUUCUUUAUGGGGAGCACACAGGGUCCUGGACCUUGAUCGCCUGGGUUUGGGGACCCCACGGGGUCUGUCCAGGGCUGAGGACUGACCCUGUGGGCACACCUCUUUUGGGGACCCUCUUGGGACCCAGUCCAGGGUCACCGUGGUUUGAGGACCCCACGGGGACCCAGUCCAAGGCUGCCCAGGUCUGGGGACUCCAUGGGGACCUGGUCUAGGACCACUUGAGGCUGGGGGCCCCAUGGGGACCAGGCCAGCCCCCACCAGGUUUGGGGACGCGGCCCAGCAACCCCACGCUGCUACCUCCAGUAAUAAAAGUUGUGCACGGUG